CCGUGGUGGGCGGCGCCAGGAGUUGUGUGUGUUGGCGAUGUCAGAAGCUUUCGAGUUGCCCCGCGGCGUACACGUGCCCACCCACCCACCGGCACUUGCACGCGCCCACUUAACGCCCGCGACGUCUAGUUCGAAAUGAAAGUGUGGCAUGUUUUGAAAUAAGGAUACGCGCCUCUUAUUCAGUAUUUUUCGUUUAGUAGUGAGAUUGCAAUAGUGAAGUAGGGCUUUCGUGUAUGUGUAAAGAGUGAUUUGGCGACAAGAAGUGACAGAGCGAGAUGAUAUGUGUCUGCGAGAGAUGACCCUGUGUGCGGCGAACGGGUAGUGUGUGUGCGAACAACGAACUUCGCUCUGUAUAACGACUUCCAAGACGAGUGUGCGACUGAAGUGUUUCGAGUGCAAUGCGACUGAUGGUUCGUUACUGAUUAGCUGCAGCCCUACGUGGAAUUCAUGGGCUUGUAUCAGCCACACUGAGCUGAACAAAUUACAAGAAAGUAAACAACAAACGUAAACGUAACCUGUCUGGAAUGCGAAAUAAGUCCAAAAAGCCUAUAUUGUGAUAAAAUAUAGCCCUACAUGUUUCACUGGGUGAUUCGGAAAGUAUCAGAAAGUAUCAGAUUCUGUUGGGCGAAUAGCCUCUGGAGCAGACAAGAACACGAUCCACCUGCUCAUAGUACAGUCUAAAACCCUAUAUAAAAAAAGAAAGAAAAUCCAUUUGCUCUAAACCCCACACGGCCACCCAGGUCUUCGUCAGCCAUCUUACAAACACCUGCAGUAGUCGCUACAGAAGGACCAAGACGCAGCAGCCAUGGGGUGUGGAAAGUCAAAACCGAAGGAUGAUAUAGAUGCUGCUCCCUACGCCCCGCCCAACCGCUACAGGAAAGCGGACGCCAGCGGGAACAACCAGUAUGGCAGGCGAGGAGCCCCCACCGGAAGUGUCAGGGGAACCCAAAGCCAGGAGCGUCAGGAAGACCAACGGCAGCUCGGGUCCUCGUCCACCUACACCGUCCUCCCUCAGAACGACCACGAGGCUCCUAUCUCGACUGUAGCCACCAAAAAUGGAGAGGAGGUGCUUAUUCCUGCAACUACCAACACCCAGCCAGAUUUUUAUGGUUACAAGAGCAAGCAAAGUCAAAAAACUAUGGAUUCUUCUUAUAAUGGAUUUGGUGAUAAUUCAGAGCAAUUAGUAAAAGACAGUAAUACUGUUUAUAGUGAUCCCCAACAAGAACAAGCUGCUACGGAGAACCAAGCUUCUUUCCAAGACUACAAAACUAGACAAAAUUCAGACUGUACUACACCAUCUGUAACAGAAUUGGACAAUAUCAACCUCAGUGACCCAGACCUCAAUAGAGCUGCAACUCAGAUCCAAGCUUCCUUUAGGGGCUAUAAAACGAGGCAGAAUUUAAAAGAAAAUCAUGAAUCCCCAUUAACUGAAGAGCUGGAUGGUAUUGAUCUAAAUGACCCUGAGCUUGAAAAGGCUGCUACCCAGAUUCAAGCUUCUUUCAGAGGUUAUAAAACCAGACAGAAUCUGAAAGAGAAUGAACCUUCAGCUAAUGAAGAAGAGAUAGUUGACCUUGACCUGAAUGACCCAGAACUUGAAAAGGCCGCAACCCAAAUUCAAGCUUCCUUCAGAGGCCAUAAAACCAGACAGAAUCUGAAAGAGAAUUUAUCUCCUGAGUCUCCAGCUAAUGAAGAAGAAACAGUUGACCUUGAUCUGAAUGAUCCAGAACUUGAAAAGGCUGCAACCCAAAUUCAAGCUUCCUUCAGGGGAUAUAAAACCAGACAGAAUCUGAAAGAGAAUGGAUCUGAAUCUCCAGCUAAUGAAGAAGAAACAAUUGACCUUGACCUGAAUGACCCAGAACUUGAAAAAGCUGCAACCCAAAUUCAAGCUUCCUUCAGAGGCCAUAAAACCAGACAGAAUCUGAAAGAGAAUUUAUCUCCUGAGUCUCCAGCUAAUGAAGAAGAGAUAGUUGACCUUGACCUGAAUGACCCAGAACUUGAAAAGGCUGCAACCCAAAUUCAAGCUUCCUUCAGAGGCCAUAAAACCAGACAGAAUCUGAAAGAAAAUUUAUCUCCUGAAUCUCCAGCUAAUGAAGAAGAGACAGUUGACCUUGACCUGAAUGACCCAGAACUUGAAAAGGCUGCAACCCAAAUUCAAGCUUCUUUCAGAGGCUAUAAAACCAGACAGAAUCUGAAAGAAAAUGAACCAUCUGGCAAUGGAGAAGAAACAGUUGACCUUGACCUGAAUGACCCAGAACUUGAAAAGGCUGCAACCCAAAUUCAAGCUUCCUUCAGGGGAUAUAAAACCAGACAGAAUCUGAAAGAGAAUGGAUCUGAAUCUCCAGCUAAUGAAGAAGAGAUAGUUGACCUUGACCUGAAUGAUCCAGAACUUGAAAAGGCUGCAACCCAAAUUCAAGCUUCCUUCAGGGGAUAUAAAACCAGACAGAAUCUGAAAGAGAAUGGAUCUGAAUCUCCAGCUAAUGAAGAAGAGAUAGUUGACCUUGACCUGAAUGAUCCAGAACUUGAAAAGGCUGCAACCCAAAUUCAAGCUUCCUUCAGGGGAUAUAAAACCAGACAGAAUCUGAAAGAGAAUGGAUCUGAAUCUCCAGCUAAUGAAGAAGAGAUAGUUGACCUUGACCUGAAUGACCCAGAACUUGAAAAGGCUGCAACCCAAAUUCAAGCUUCCUUCAGGGGAUAUAAAACCAGACAGAAUCUGAAAGAGAAUGGAUCUGAAUCUCCAGCUAAUGAAGAAGAAACAGUUGACCUUGAUCUGAAUGACCCAGAACUUGAAAAGGCCGCAACCCAAAUUCAAGCUUCCUUCAGAGGCCAUAAAACCAGACAGAAUCUGAAAGAGAAUUUAUCUCCUGAGUCUCCAGCUAAUGAAGAAGAAACAGUUGACCUUGACCUGAAUGACCCAGAACUUGAAAAGGCCGCAACCCAAAUUCAAGCUUCUUUCAGAGGCCAUAAAACCAGACAGAAUCUGAAAGAGAAUUUAUCUCCUGAGUCUCCAGCUCAUGAAGAAGAAACAGUUGACCUUGAUCUGAAUGAUCCAGAACUUGAAAAGGCCGCAACCCAAAUUCAAGCUUCCUUUAGAGGCCAUAAAACCAGACAGAAUCUGAAAGAGAAUUUAUCUCCUGAGUCUCCAGCUAAUGAAGAAGAAACAGUUGACCUUGAUCUGAAUGAUCCAGAACUUGAAAAGGCUGCAACCCAAAUUCAAGCUUCCUUCAGAGGCCAUAAAACCAGACAGAAUCUGAAAGAAAAGGAACCUUCUGGCAAUGAAGAAGUAGUUGACCUUGACCUGAAUGACCCAGAACUUGAAAAGGCCGCAACCCAAAUUCAAGCUUCUUUCAGAGGCCAUAAAACCAGACAGAAUCUGAAAGAGAAUUUAUCUCCUGAGUCUCCAGCUAAUGAAGAAGAAACAGUUGACCUUGAUCUGAAUGAUCCAGAACUUGAAAAGGCUGCAACCCAAAUUCAAGCUUCCUUCAGAGGCCAUAAAACCAGACAGAAUCUGAAAGAGAAUUUAUCUCCUGAGUCUCCAGCUAAUGAAGAAGAAACAGUUGACCUUGACCUGAAUGACCCAGAACUUGAAAAGGCUGCAACCCAAAUUCAAGCUUCCUUCAGAGGCCAUAAAACCAGACAGAAUCUGAAAGAGAAUUUAUCUCCUGAGUCUCCAGCUAAUGAAGAAGAAACAGUUGACCUUGAUCUGAAUGAUCCAGAACUUGAAAAGGCUGCAACCCAAAUUCAAGCUUCCUUCAGGGGAUAUAAAACCAGACAGAAUCUGAAAGAGAAUGGAUCUGAAUCUCCAGCUAAUGAAGAAGAGAUAGUUGACCUUGACCUGAAUGACCCAGAACUUGAAAAGGCUGCAACCCAAAUUCAAGCUUCCUUCAGGGGAUAUAAAACCAGACAGAAUCUGAAAGAGAAUGGAUCUGAAUCUCCAGCUAAUGAAGAAGAAACAGUUGACCUUGAUCUCAAUGACCCAGAACUUGAAAAGGCCGCAACCCAAAUUCAAGCUUCCUUCAGAGGCCAUAAAACCAGACAGAAUCUGAAAGAGAAUUUAUCUCCUGAGUCUCCAGCUAAUGAAGAAGAGAUAGUUGACCUUGACCUGAAUGACCCAGAACUUGAAAAGGCUGCAACCCAAAUUCAAGCUUCCUUCAGAGGCCAUAAAACCAGACAGAAUCUGAAAGAGAAUUUAUCUCCUGAGUCUCCAGCUAAUGAAGAAGAAACAGUUGACCUUGAUCUGAAUGACCCAGAACUUGAAAAGGCUGCAACCCAAAUUCAAGCUUCCUUCAGAGGCCAUAAAACCAGACAGAAUCUGAAAGAUAAUUUAUCUCCUGAGUCUCCAGCUAAUGAAGAAGAGAUAGUUGACCUUGACCUGAAUGACCCAGAACUUGAAAAGGCCGCAACCCAAAUUCAAGCUUCCUUCAGAGGCCAUAAAACCAGACAGAAUCUGAAAGAAAACAAACCUUCUGGUAAUGAAGAAGAAACAGUUGACCUUGAUCUGAAUGAUCCAGAACUUGAAAAGGCUGCAACCCAAAUUCAAGCUUCUUUCAGAGGCUAUAAAACCAGACAGAAUCUGAAAGAAAACGAACCUUCUGGCUAAUGAAGAAGAAACAGUUGACCUU